AAAUUGAGGAUAAACCUUCAAAUUCAUCAUCCAUCUCUCAAACUCUCCCUCUCCUCACUCCUUUGAGCACCAUUAUCAAACACCCAAAUACCAAAAAUGGCGCACCCUUUAUCCGCCUACCACUACCACCAUGCUGCAACAUCACCUUCUUCUUCCUCCAUUACAUCACCUAAACCCAGAAAACUUUCUUCAUCUUUCUUAACUCCUUCAUCAGUCACCUUAUCCUCUAACCCCAAUUCUUCCCUCCAAUUUCUCACCAACAACAAACUCUUCUUAUCCUCACCUUCUUCUUCUCCCAAACGCCUAUCUGUUGUUGCCAUGGCUCCCAAACCCGGGGGCAAAGCUAAAAAAGUGAUUGGAAUGAUUAAGCUUGCGUUAGAAGCUGGUAAGGCGACACCAGCGCCACCAGUGGGACCCGCUUUAGGUUCAAAGGGUGUGAAUAUUAUGGCAUUUUGCAAGGAUUAUAAUGCCAGAACUGCUGAUAAACCUGGAUUUGUUAUUCCUGUUGAGAUCACUGUUUAUGAUGAUAAGAGUUUUACUUUCGUUUUGAAGACUCCGCCUGCUUCGGUGCUUCUUCUGAAGGCUGCAGGUGCGGAAAAGGGAUCGAAGGACCCAAAGAGCGAGAAAGUGGGAAAGAUCACGAUUGAACAAGUGCGACAAAUUGCCACCGAAAAGUUGCCUGACUUGAAUUGCUCAACGAUUGAAUCUGCAAUGAGAAUUAUAGCUGGAACUGCUGCCAACAUGGGAAUUGACAUUGACCCACCUGUUCUUGAACCUAAGAAGAAAGCAGUCAUCUUUUAAUUUUAUCUAUCAUAGUCAGUUUUUGUAGGCUGCUUAAAUGUUCCCCUUGAUUGAUUGAUUCUCUUAUUGUGCUGGAUACAUGGAUGUUUUUUAAUUAGUCUUUUAUCCGUAUAUCUAAUGUAUAUUGAAAAAAAGAUGAAUCGUAGUCAUCCAUUUGAGUUUGCUCA